AUGGCAGAAGAAGCAGGGCCGACUACAAAUGCGGCGGAUCAGGAGAAGGCCAGCGGCCUUAGAGAUGCUGGGACUGGACCUGUCGGAGCCGCGUCUGCCGAUGCCAAGGUGCUGGAGCGCUUCCAGGCCUGUGACGUGGCCAGUGGCGUCUUCAAGUACGUGCAGGUGCAUGCGAUAGCGCCAGAUGGAACUCGCAAGGUGAUCGUCCGCUCAGCUCCGGGCUCCUACCACGCGGACGUGGCGGAGCUUCUCUGCCAGGCCUUGCGAGACAAGGGGUUGCAGUACGAGAUUCCGGGUGGAGGCCGAAUCCGGCGUGAUGAUGAAGCCAAAGAGAUUGAGAUCUACGGGCACAGCAAGGGCUUCGGGAUGCCCGAUCACUCCAUCUCUGCGGCCAUCUGUCGCGCGAGUUUCCCGGAUUACAAGGCCCAGUUGCACAUCCAAGUUCAUCUCAGGCAUGUGCAAUACGCUCUAGUCCUCCAGCCAGGCACCCACACGUCCCCUCAAACAAGACAGCUAAGCACUCACAGAGCGACCACCCACGACACAUCGCAUAGACGAGGCGCAGCAGCCGAAGCUUUUCGGAUGCUGGUUGCGACUCACCCACGAGAUCCCAUACUCAAUUCGAAAAGAAAGUGUUGCUUCGCUUAG